AUGACUGACCUUACCUACCGUGCCAAAGACCAGAAAAAUGCGCAUCGUUCUGGCUAUUCCACAGGGGCCUUCCCACCUUCGAAUGAUAAUGCUUCCUCUGCAUCGGCGUUAACCAAUAUUUUUGAAGUUGACACUGCAUUCGGGACGGUUGCAGAACCUUUCAACGAAUCUAACGAGGCUGCCGUCUUGUCUGAUUCCCCACCUUGGCGCCCUUCCUUCCUUAAUGCCUUGCCCAGUAGCACAGGCUCCUCGUCUAUCAAUCAAACUGUCAACGGUCCCAUAAUUGCACCACCAGACGACGUCGAAUUUCAAUCAACUCCAUCUGCCGUCUCAGAUAUCCUGUCUUUGUCAUGUACUCCAAAGGAGGCGCCUGAAGUCCCACUCGAUGUACAAGAAAAGAUAAAACAACAGUACAUUCUCUUCCCUGGUCUGGCAGAAUUGAUAUUAUCACCGGUGGCAGUGGCGAGGCUUCCCGGCCUUGCAGUAGCAGAAUUAUGGACCAAGGGAGACGUCAAUCGGAGGCCAGAUUUCGAUAAGCAUCUCCACUCGCCGAUUCCGGCCAAUCUAUUGGACCAAGAGAGCUCUUGCAAUGCCGGUCCAUCUCGUUUGAUGGGUCAUUCGGAUUUGAAUACAGUAGCCGGCCAUAAUUCAGGAAAUCUAGAAGAGCAGCAAACAGACAUUCCAUACUAUCUCCCCACGCAAGAGGCGAGAUACGUAUCACACAAUACCAACCAUCCCGAAGACACAAGAGGAUCGAGCUCCAAUCAAGUGAUUGUAGAGCAGACGACUCUUGAAAGCCCUCAAAAUCAUUGGAGGAGGGAAGCUGAUCUUCCCUAUAUCCCCAGGGAACCAUCGCACGGAGUCCAGCGGAGAUGGGGAAGGGGAAAACAACAGCGUACAGGCGACCUUCGAGUCGAUGAGCCGCUGAGGUUCACAGCGUAUCGGAGGUUGUAUCCUAAUCGACCAAUGUUGGGGCCGCAAGACCCUGAUGAAGACUAG